CGUCGCCUCAAGCGAGAUCGGUCAAGUGCGAAUAUUGCCCGAACUGGAGCAAGAGGCAGCAUCGGCUGCGCAGCGAAGCCUCCGCCCUCGUCUCGACCUUCUUGCUCUACGUCACACACACGCAUCGGAUGAAGUCGCGUCCUCCUUCGUCGAAGGAUGCGUCCACCCCCCCGCCGUCGUCGACCGGGGACAUGACUGUUCGUCGGUCCGUUCACAAGCAGGCGUCGAAAAACUACUUUAAUUUGGAAUCCGACAUGAAGCGUCAAAGCUCAAUGAUGGAUGCGGACAACCGAUUUAGCCAACGCUUGUCCAUGAUGAACGUGCUCCCAGGAAAGCAAGCUGCCUUUCAGGAUGAGCCGUCGAUCGACUACUGUUGCGAAAUCCUUCAAGCAAAGUUCGGGUUCCAACAAGGGUCGGUCGACAAUCAGCGCGAACACGUCUUACUCCUGUUGGCAAACUGCGCAGCUCGUGCGAAUUCAGGCAGCACCGACAACACGACACAUCAUGUGCGACUACUGCACGAUAAACUAUUCGGUAACUACAAGGAAUGGUGCGCGUUUGUCGGUGCGAAGCCCGUCGCGUACGCGCAAACUCAAGGAGGGACGCCGCUCACGUCUGUUUUGCACAUGGACUUGAUGCUGUACUUUUUGAUCUGGGGUGAGUCGGCCAACUUGCGUCACAUGCCGGAAUGUCUGUGCUACUUGUACCAUCAAAUGAUGUCGACGCUCAUCAAGGAAGCUCUACAUUCGGAAGGACGUCCUGCAGGCUGGUUUCUCAACGCAGUGCUGCGUCCUGUAUGGAAAGAAGCGUCGGUGAUGCAAAAGAAGAAUGCGCUCGGGAAGCACUUGGAGCAUACCAAAGUUCGCAACUACGACGACUUGAACGAAUUCUUUUGGCGGUCUGGGUGCCUCAAGAUACCCAUCGACAAAAUUGGUGGCGCGCUGCAUUCGACUGCUGGGAAGACGUUUUACGAACACCGAAGCAUCUUCACACUCGUGCUCAACUACUACCGCAUCUUCCACUUCAACUUCAUGUUUUUGAUCGUGUUGGCCGUGCUCAACUACGCCGUCACGGUCAGUCCGAACGGUGGCAAGACCGGGUUGAACCAGUUCAGCAAGAUUGGGACCGUCAUUGCACCGUACACAAAGCGCGAUCUGAACAAAGCGUGGGCCGUGCUCAUCGGGUCGCAUGCGUUUUUAAACCUGUUCAAGUGCUUCCUCGAAGUUGGCCAUGGCUUUCAGUUGCUCACGGACCCCAAGUCGAAGGCGUCGACUUCGUCGCGUUCCAUGACGUAUGGGCUGGCGCUGACGCUGCGACUCGUGUGGAACCUUGUGUUUACGGGUGCGUUUGCCCUCAUGUUUUCGCUUGGCGCGCCCAAGUCGUCGGGUGGAUUUGACUUGCUCAACUUACUCAGUGUUGCGGCGCUCGUGUACCUUGUUCCAGGGGCAAUUAUCUUGGUCCUGCAGACGUUUUUCCCUGGCACUGGCCGAUCGUGGUUUUCAAAGUUCAUUCGUGAGGGUGACAGCUGCUACACAGGUCGUCACAUGGCACCGCCGCUUGCAUUCCAGCUCAAGUACUAUUUGUUUUGGUUUGUGCUGCUCGUGUGCAAGGCUGCCGUGUCAUACUGGGUGCUUGUGAGUCCGCUCGUGUUGCCGAGUCUAGCGAUUUGGGAAAUGGAGCUCAAGUAUGGCCAGGGAUCGCUGGGGUCGUUCCACAACCUCGGUGUGAUUGUCAGCUUGUGGGCCCCCGUCGUGUUCAUUUUCAACUACGACACGCAAAUCUACUUUACCAUUUUCCAAGCUGGUCUUGGCGCGUUCAUGGGCUGGAUGAUGAAAGUCGGCGAAGUUCGCGGGGUCGACGCGUUGUCGAAAGCUUUCCGAGUCGCGCCGCAGUUGUUUGACACAAAAGUUGUGACGGAACUCGCUCGCCUCGCUGAUGCCAACGAAGGUGGCGACGAGCAUGGCCGCGGCAGCCAGUCGGCGGUGUACCAGUCCCAAAUGAUGCUUCGUUUUGUAGUCGUGUGGAACGAAAUUGUCAACUCGUUCCGCGAAGGCGAUUUGGUCGAUGACAAGGAAGCUGCGAUUUUGCAAUACGACAUCCAAAACACGGGCGAAGUGUUUGAGCCGGUGUUUUUGUCGGCGGGCAAGUUGAACGAAGGCAUGGCGUAUGCGGUCAAAUUGGGCAAGGCUGGUCGCGGCGACUCGGAGCUGCGCAUUCAGUUGGUCCAAAACGACUGUCUCGGGGCUGUCAAGUCGUUUUUCAACGCGUCGAUGUACGUGCUGGAAGCGCUCUUGGCCCCUGACGACACAGAAACGUUGGACGGAUUCCGAUUGAUGGAGCAAGCUGCGCUCGAUGGCCAAUUCUUGUCGCUCUUUGAUGCUGGGUCCCUUCUCCAUGUGCGCACGAUGGCCAUUGACUUUCUUGAAGCCGUGCUCGACUUGCCAGACCCAGAUUCGGUCAGCCCCGUCCUCAAGACAACGGUGCACCCCAUGGGCGUUAUUCGCAACUUUGUCGCAAAGAUGGACAAUUUGUUGAACGGGCUGCGCCUCUUUUGCCGUCAACCUGCCAUGGCAGCCAAGUUUCAAAACGUAAACUUUGUGUCGCCGGCCAACUCGUAUGCGUAUGCCGCCAAGGGGUUGGUAAAUUUGUUUCACUCGGACACGGCCAUGGGUGCCGCCACGCGCGCAUACUUGCUCAUGUCGUUGGAUCGUCAAGACGCCAUGCCCAAGUGUGGCGAAGCGCAGCGUCGCCUCGGUUUCUUUAUGCAGUCGCUGUUGAUGGAGAUUCCGCAGUUGAGCGCGAUUCGCAGCAUGCGGUCGUUUUCUGUCGUGACGCCGUUUUACAGCGAAGGGGUGAUCUUUUCGCUGGACGAACUCAACAACCCUCUGGAGAACCACCCGAUUUUCAACAAGGCAUCGGAAAUCGACAAGAAGAUUACGAUUCUAAAGUACUUGAUCACGAUUCACCCGGAAGAGUGGGAAAAUUUUCUGGAACGCAUUGACGUGUCGACGGUCGAUGCCGCGAUCAACGAGUACCCGAUGGAACUCCGUUUGUGGGCGUCGUAUCGCGGUCAAACGCUGGCGCGCACGGUGCAAGGCAUGAUGCUCUAUGAAGACGCGAUCAAAAUCCUGCACUGGCUCGAGAUUGGGUCGUCCCCGAACCGCACGCCCGAGCAAAAACAACAGCAAUUGGAAGAUAUGAUCCGACUCAAAUUUUCCUACGUAUGUGCGUGUCAAGUGUAUGGGAAGCACCGCGCGGAAAAUGCCGACCAAGCGAACGAUAUUGACUUUUUGCUCCAAACGUAUCCGAAUUUGCGCGUGGCGUACGUGGACACAAUUCCGGGCGCGAACGGCGCGCCGAAUCGAUACGAAACAGUCUUGAUCAAGUCGGAAGGCGACGAGAUUGCCGAGGUGUAUCGGUGGGAGCUGCCUGGUGAUCCGAUUUUGGGCGAGGGCAAGCCGGAAAACCAAAACAAUGCGCUCCCGUUUACGCGCGGCGAAUACGUUCAAACGAUCGACAUGAACCAACAACAUUACUUUGAAGAGUGCUUGAAGAUGCCACAGCUCCUCGUGACGGCCGAUCAACAUCCGAGUAGACUGCCUGUGACGAUCAUUGGGAUGCGCGAGCAUAUUUUCACGGGCAAUGCGUCGUCGCUGGCCAAGUUCAAGACGUGGCAGGAGCUCGUGUUUGUGACUCUGAGUCAGCGCGUGCUGGCGAAUCCGUUGUAUGUGCGCAUGCAUUACGGCCAUCCCGAUAUCUUUGACAAGGUGAUGGUGCUCACGCGCGGUGGGGUGUCGAAAGCGUCGAAGGGCAUCAACUUGAGUGAAGACGUGUUUGCCGGGUUCAACUCGACGUUGCGUGGCGGCGUCGUCACCCACGUCGAGUUUAUGCAGUGCGGGAAGGGCCGCGAUGUCGCGAUGUCGCAAAUUUCGAUGUUUGAGGGCAAGUUGGCGAACGGCGCCGGCGAGACGUCGCUGGCCCGCGAAGCGUACCGCAUGGGCGCCUUUAUGGACUUUUUCCGCCUCAAGUCGAUGUACUAUUCGCACACGGGGUUUUACUUUGCCACGUGGCUCACGAUUGUGACGUCGUACGUGUACAUUUACGCCAAGGUGUACUUGGCGCUCUCGGGAGUUCAAGUGCAAGUGGUCGAAAAGAUGAACUCGACCCAAGUCAUUUCGCUCAAUGCGUACCAGCACGGCUUUGACACGCGUGUGUACAACGAUCUGGACAGCGUCAUGAACACGCAGUACAUUAUCCAGGCCGGUCUGUUUUUGACGCUGCCGCUGAUUGUCGUGUACUUUGCGGAACUGGGCUUGAUUGGGGGUGUGACGAAGCUCCUGAACAUGAUUUUGACUGCCGGUCCAGCUUUUUUCGUGUUUCAAGUCGGCACGACGAUGCACUACUUUGACAACAACAUCAUGCACGGCAAUGCCAAGUACCAAGCAACGGGUCGUGGGUUCAAGAUCACGCGGGAGACGUUUGUGUUGCUGUACAAGGCAUAUUCGACGUCGCAUUACCGCAAAGCGUGGGAGUUGGUUGGGCUGUGCAUGCUCUACUUGUCGUAUGGCAGCUUCAACAUUUGCAACCGCACGCCCGACCCGAACCGUCCGGACGACCAGUUUGCAUCCAAGUUUUGCGACACUGCGCAGGGGUACGGCACGCAAACGUUUGCCAUUUGGUCGAUUGCGAUUCUGUGGCUGUUGUCGCCGUUCAUUUUCAACGCGGACGGGUUGGACUAUGAAAAGACCAAGGCCGACAUUGUGGCGUGGUGCAAGUGGAUGUUUAUGGACGAAAAGGCGACCGACCCCGACAAGGUGCACACUGGUGGGUGGAUUGCGUGGUGGAAGAGUGACCAAGAACAGUUCUACGCCACAACAGGCAUCGCGCGCCUCACGGUACUCUUGCGCGAAUCUCGCCAUUUCCUGAUCAUGUGGUACGUUAUCACUCUCCGUCUCGAAGCCAAGUAUGUGCUCUUCACGCUGGCGGCGGCGGUGGCGACCUUGGUGGUGCUGUAUGUAUUCCACGUGCUGGGGCUAGCGCUGCGCAAGGCGGCGUUUUUGGGUCGUGCCGCGCUGUACCUGUUUUUGCUCUUGCUUUUUGUCGCGGGCAGCUUUGUCGCGAUGAAUCUGGUCCUGUUCAAGUCAAAGAAGAGCGACGAGGCGUGGGACAAUAGCUUGUGUUUGUUUUACGGGUACUGCGCCGCCUUGUACGGGAUCAACGAGAUGCUUCGCGUGGCCAACUUUAAGGGCAUGCCUGUGCACAACGUAGCGGUGGUCGCGCAACUGGCGUUCUUUUUCGACUUCAUCUUUGGCGCGUUGCUGCUGCUACCGCUGCUUGUGCUCAGUUGCAUCCCGUUCAUGAACGCGAUCCAAACGCGCAUGAUGUUCAAUGAAGGGUUUUCGAAAGCGGUGUCUGCGUCGUCGCAACAUGCAUUUUCCCUCGCCGCGGCCCUCGGUGCGUUGGUCGGAGUCGCCUCGGGCUGGCUCUACUACAUGCUCUUGUCGGUGGACUUGGCUCCUGGCUACAGCAUUUACCUGACAACGUACAAGCUGACGUCGGUGGUGGCCGGAAAAGGCUUGACGUCGUACAUUGCGUUGGCUGGAUCGGUGGUUGGGUCGAUCCUGACUAGCUUUAUGGGCUACGCCUUGGGUCACCGCAUGACGGUGCUCAUUGCAGGUGUGCUGAGCGUGUUGGGCUGCUUGGCGCUGAGUUUUAUUCCGUCGUUGGCCCCCAAGACUGGGUCGCAGUCGCCGGCCGUGUUGUUUGGUGGCAUUGGGCUCUUGUCUGUGUCGUUGGGCAUGAUGCUGCCUGCCGUGUCGUGCUAUAUUUACGAAAUCUCGACCUACGACAUGCGCUCCAAGACGAUGCUGCCGUUUGCGUUUGCCUUUGUCGUGGGCACGGCCAUCUCGUCGUAUUAUUCUGGUGGUGCUGUCGGUUGGGUGUGGCAAUCAUUUUGGUGCGCGCUGCUCAUGGCGCUUGUCACGCCGCUGAUGAACAUGUUUCCCGAAUCGCCACAAUGGGUGCUCGAGCGCAAGGGCUAUGAAGAGUGCGAGACUGCGCUCAGCAUUUUACGUCAACGCCCGGAAAAUGCCGCCGAACUGCGCGAACUCCGCGAAGACCAAGCCCACGCAAAGAAGGACAAUGACGGUGGGUCGUCGGCGUACAAGGUGGCGCUGUCGAUGUUGUGCAUGAUCAUUUCGUCGCUGUCGGUGGGAUCGCUCAAUGUGUUUGUCGCGCGCACAUUUACGACCUUUGCCGACGACAACUUGGUCUUUACAAACGCAUUGGUGGUGGAAGCGUCUGGCGUGCUCGUGAGUUUUUUCCUCAUGGACAAGUGGCCCCACCGCAACCUACUCGCGUUUACGCUGCUCGGCGUCGGGCUGUGCGCCGGCGCGCUCGGCGCCGACGACGUGUCUCCGUUUUUGGAAACCAACAAGAACCGCAAGCUCAUCACGUCGUUGUUUAUGUACGUGAUGUUCUUCAUCAAGGGCCUCGGCAUCUCGUCGACGGUGUGGGUGAACGUGACGGGUUUGUUUGCGGCCAAGUCGCGAUUCUUUGCCGUGCCGCUGUUGUUUGGUCUGUGGUUUGCCGUCCCUGCCGGCAGCGUCGCCCUUCGCGUGUCGAGUUUUACCAAGAACGCGUACUUGUGGUUGUUUGCGUUGGCAGGGCUGUGCUUGAUCACGCUGUUUUUGGUCGUGAUGGCGUCGAACCGCGCCAACGGACUCGUUUGCACACGCACCGACAUGAAGAAGGACAAAGCGCGUCGCGACCGGCUGCGAGGGUCGCGGCACUCGCGCACCCCCGGCAGCUUUAGCCGCAACCGCCGUCAAUCGCGGUCGGCGCGCCAGUCGCGGUCCAACUCGAUGGCGAAAUCGUUUCAAGGCAGCUAUCAGUUGGUCGCGUCGCCCAGCGCCAAUGCGCACGUUGUGUAAGACUAGAUCUUUGAACCCGCCCUGCAUACUCUCAAUCCAAUUUGCUAUUUUACACGUGGGGAAUUCUUGCACGAAGGGGGCGAGGGACGAAAUUUCGACGACG